AUGUGUCGAUCCAGCCCCGUCGCUUCGUCUGUCCUGUGGGGAUCCCGGCGGCCCCUCCCUCCCAGGCUUCUUGCCUUGUCCGGGCACAAGCUUGUAUCUCCCUUUGUGGGUAGUUCAUCAUCCAGACGAUUCUACCGAGGGGCCAGCCCAGAAGAUUCUCAAAAGGAUAUGCUUGAAAUCCCCUUACCCCCUUGGGAAGAGCGAACAGAUGAACCAAUUGAAACCAAGAGGGCUCGCCUGCUUUAUGAGAGCAGAAAGAGAGGCAUGCUGGAGAACUGCAUCCUACUCAGCCUCUUUGCCAAGGAGAAUCUACACCAAAUGACAGAGAGGCAGCUGAACCUCUACGACCGACUGAUCAACGAGCCCAGUAAUGACUGGGAUAUCUACUACUGGGCAACAGAAGCAAAGCCAGCGCCUGAGAUAUUUGAAAACGAUGUCAUGGUGAUGCUGAGAGACUUUGCCAAGAACAAGAAGAAAGAGCAGAGGUUGCGGGCCCCGGAUCUCGAGUACCUCUUUGAGAAACCAGCCUGAGCUUUAUUCUGGCCUGGCCCAAGGGCAGGUCCCUAAAAGGACACACGUUAGACCCUGGUCACCUGCUGCUUCCCACCACCGAGCUGGGCUGUAGAAGGCUCCGUUUCCCCGAGUGACACAUCAUUUCUCAUAAAAGCACUCCUUGCAUCUCA